GUUUAAAAUUGUCAGGAACCUCCCAUUUCAAUAUCUCACACUAGUUUUGAGACACUCUUAAUAUAAACUCUGCACGAAUACUUGUCAGACUUUUUAAUGGACAAUAAGAAUUAGAACUUAAGAGCAGAAGUACAGAUUACUCGAAUUAUUUUUCAAGCCAUGGCCAGAGGAUGCUUUAUUAGCAGUGGCGACUAGAUUCCUGGGUCAAAUCGAGCUCACUGAAAAUGAAACAGUUGCCGGUAUCAACAUGUGUCAAUUCUUUCACGUAUCCACAGAGAAGUUAAGUAAGGAGUUCCUGAUUCGUUUGGACAGGCAAGUAUACGUGACACCGACCUCAUAUCUGGAAAUGAUAAACACUUUCAAGGAUCUACUGGCGAAGAAACGAGAAGAAAUACUUAACGCUAAGACUCGAUACGAGCGCGGUUUGGGUCAGCUGGACGAGACUCAGAAGCAAGUAGUGGUGAUGCAGGAGACUCUGAAAUCGCUGCAGCCGGCAUUGAUAAGCGCCACUCAAGACGUAGAGAAAAUGUUGUUGGAGGUCGACAAAGAGAGAGAAGAAGUCGCUGAGUUUGAGAAAGUCGUGAAACAAGACGAAGCUGCUGCCGAAGUUAGUGUCGCCAAUUCCAAUUUCUAAAUACAUUUAUAGUAAAUGUCUCAAUUUCUGUUCACAGUCUCUUAG